AUGAGUCCCUUUGAGUCACUCCCACGAGACUUGCUCCGAAUCAUCGUUGACAGCGUGCUCGACGACAUCCCUACCCCUGAGGACCCCGUUGUUGGGUACAAUCUGCCGCUGGACAAGACACCAUGGCUGCUGGUUCGCACCACUCUGCGAAACCUCUGCCUGACCUCAAAGACAUUCUGCGAGUACGCCCGGAAGGCAUUGUAUCGGCAUGCUACAGUAACCGACGGCCAUAGCAUGGCCCUCUUUCUCGACACACUCAUCAAAAAUCCGUUACUUGGUCCGUCGGCUAGGACAUUUGCGUGCCUCGUCGGAGCGGAUGCCACGUGCACAACCGACUUCCCUCUGAGGACAACCGUGGCCGGCUUUCUCGACUUCAGCCACUACCUGCCUCUCAAAGCACUCGCCGAUGUCGUCGACUCCCGAUAUGUGAUAGAAGAGAAGCGCAAGCCCUAUCGUCUCUUCAUGGACACCCUCAUUGCCCUACUCUGGCUCAUGCCCAAUGUCGAUCGCACCUGCUUACCACUCCCAGUGGAGGGGGGCUUCGGCCAGUCUCGCGCCACAGCAGUCUUUCGGUCACUAGGUUAUGGUGACCGGCCCGCUCCACCACUCCAGAAUCUCACCUACGUCCAGAUUUGGCCGCAUGGGCUUCCGCCCGAAGACUAUUUGGACUUGGCCCUGUACGGUCCAGUUUUUGGCGCGCUGCCCAAACUGGAGAGGCUGGAGCUGACGGGCGAUGACGGUGAUUUUGAGGCAUUCUCAGAUGCAAGAUCCGAAAGCCAAUACGCGGGACCAAUCCGGCACCUCGUUUUGCAGCAAAGCUCCUGCACGCCGUGCGAUGUCACCGACAUCUGCAACCGGUUGGGCCAGUUGUGCACUCUUUCGGUCACGACAAACGCGGAAAACGCCACAUAUUCGUUGUAUCCGGAGCUGGAUCUUUGUUACAUGAAUUGCGGUUCGGGUGGCCCACGAUCACCCAGCAACUGCCUCAACGAUGGUCUCCCUCUCAUCAAGGACACAUUGACCAGCCUACAUCUCCAACUUGAUUACAACACGAACGUCGGCCCUUUAUUCGGGCCAGCUGGAAAGCUCACCAGCCUGCCCACACUGUCAAGACUUCGGAUGCUCUCCAUAGGUGUACUCCAACUCUAUACCUUGUCAGAGAUCAUGACUAACGAUCCCCAUCGGAGCAAACUUGUCGACCUUCUCCCGGCAUCCAUCUCAGAAUUCAGGCUUCACAUUGACGCCAAACAACAGAGAGUCAAUAAUAAAACCUGGUGCUGUGUUCUGCUGCAGAUACUGGAGAAAUUUGCGGAGAACGUGAGAGUCAGGUUGCCGCAUCUCGCUACGGUUAUACUAGUAUUCUACGACCCAUCCUAUAGGGCGUAUGACAGCGAGUUCGCCACCCUGGCUGCAGAUUUCGCCCAACAAGGCGUUCUGCUUAGUUACCGGGAGUCCGACCUGUAA